AUGGGAUUUCAUGAGGAGCCAAAGCCCCCAAAGGAAGGCCCCAACCUGAUGGUGAAGUCCUUCCUCUUCGACCGGGCUACCAUGAGCCUGAUCGGCCUUCUCCUUCCAACAGUGCAGAACAUCAAGGUCCUAUCCUUCUCAGACUGCAACUUAGAUUGUGAGAUGCUAAGGCUGUUGGCACAGGGAUUGAGUGGUAGCUGCUCUGUGGAGUCUCUGCAGAUUGAGUGGAACAACUUGGAUCUACCUUUGCCAAACCUGGAAGAACAGGAGGUGGAGGGAGAGGAGGGGGAGGAGACCUCAGCCUUCGACCGGGCCUCCAGCAUCCUUGAAGCUCGAGAAAGGAAGCGAUACACCUUACAGUCAGAGCGGCUUCUGACCAACUUCAAGGAGUGGCUUGAGAGCCGUUUUGGUAGCCUGGGAAAGGCUUGGGAGGCCUUGGACAAGGAGGAUGAGGAGGCCAAGCUCACAGCUCCGGACUUCCACAUGCUCCUUUUUGAGAAGCUUGGGGUUAGUGGCUCCCAGAUCUUUGAAGUCUUUGAGGUCCUCGAUGGCCCGGACUACGGUGCGGAUGGUGGAGGUGUCAUCACUCUGCAGGUCAUGAAGGAGGCGCUCGAGAACCUCCCGGAGGUGGAUCAUGCAGAGGACGAAGCUCUCGAAGAGGAUCCUUUGGGUGCAAGCCUGGCAUCUUUCCUUCAGCCUAGUACCGUCCUGGAGUGUGUGAGCUUUCGGGCUUGCUCCAUCACUCGUGUGGAGAUGGGUCCCAUGUGCAGUGCUUUGGCAAAGUGCCCUUGGCAACUCCGAGCCUUGAACUUGUGGGAGAACCGCAUCUGCGAUCGGGGCGCCGAACUGCUGGCAGACGCCUUGGAUGCUUAUCGAGGCCUGGAAUACCUUGGGCUGGGCCGCAACCGGAUCACGGAUUUAGGCCUCCAGGCCCUAUGCCAGCCUUUCAAGCCCACCCAGCUCGAGGAGGUGGAUGUUGCGCCAGCUCGGGACCGGAUCACCAAGCAGCAGGCGGCUGCAAAAUCUGUGGCCGAUGCAAAAGAGAAGGCCCAGGCACAAGGCACCGAAUUCCAAGGUCGACAGCGCCGGGUCUCUGUACCCCUUGUCGAUGAGCUGGAGGAGCGACCAGCCACAGAUGCCGCGGGCUCCCCAAGCCCUAGCUUCUUCUUACGGAAGCUAUCUGAGCUCCGGUGCCUUGUGCUCUCCGAAAAUCCUAUCCGCAGUGCUGACGUGCUGGAGGCCAUCCAGCCUUUCGGGCCCCGGGGUGCCGACCUCCUCCUGAGAUGUACCCCAGCUGCUGCAGAAUUGGGCAUGAAGAGGCCCGAGCUGCUCAAGGAGAAAGAGAGGAAGCCCCUCCUGAACCUGGGUCAGAAUUUGGGCCAUGGCAAGGAUGCUGCGGCUCCACCCGAAGGGUGGGUCCUGCGACUGAAUACGUUCUGA